CUCUCGUUCAUUCUCACACUCCGCUCAGUAAAAAUGAGGCUCUUAAGCUGGUGUUUUGUCGCUGGGCUAUUACUCAGCUGCAUUAAUUUAGCACAGAGUUAUGUGAUCGAAGUGGAGCACCGGGAAAAAUCUACAUUGACGCUUUCCUGCGUCGGUGAAGGCAAUCUAAAGUGGGUCUCUGAGCCAAAAAAUUUAAUUUUGGAGGGAAUAGAGAGAAAUAGAAUUGGCGAGCCUGUUGAAGGAAGGAGCAGAUUCAGCAUAAAUUUGCAGCAAGAGCCGCGGCAAAGUAUUCUUGAAAUUACAAAUAGCAAGAUUGAUGACACUGGAAUUUACAAAUGUUUUGAGAACGACACAUUAAAAGAAACUACGCAUUUGUACAUAAACGAUGGCAAAGGCGAGAAACUGCUCGUGCCAUACUGUCUGAAGCAUUCAUGUGUACUGAGAAUUGAUGAAGGCAGUGAUUUUGGCCUCCCAUGCUAUGUGACAAAGCCGGAUGCUAGCAUUUUUCUUCACACUCCAAACGGAGAAGACGAAAUAUCUAUUUUCUACAAAACUAAUUUCUCUGCUGUAAUUUUUUUGACAAGGUCAAGUUGUUCAACAAACCAAAAGGUGCAAUUGUAAUGCACAACGCAAACAAGACGAUUCAUUCAGGAUUUUGGACCUGUGAGGCAAUUUAUCGCAACCCUUCUAGUAAAAGAGUGUACCUCCAAGGAAUCGCUUUCAAUGUUUUUAUUCAACCCAGAGAUACGCCAAGAGAUAGUGAGGUGGUGAUAGUUAAAGAGGGCGAAGAAAUUAAAAUUGGAUGCUCUAAUAUUUACAACGUGGAUGAACAUGCCUCGUGUCCCCUCAAGGUUUCUCAUAUUUCCCCUUAUCUCAACGGACGGAUUGUUGAACCGGCUAAUAAGGAACGUCAUUCCUUGAGUGGAUCGUCAUCAUCUUUUCCAUUGGGCAUAACAACUUACGCUGGACGAAAAGUGGCUUUGAAAAUUUCCAACAUUACUUUCGCGGACGGUGGCGCGUAUGCGUGCGGCUGCCAAGACGGAAAUUACAUUAACGCAAUCAAAUAUUUUCAAGUUGAAGUGGUACCUCGUGAUUAACGGGAGAUUUAUCAAGAAUUUGCAAAUAAAGCCACAUUGAAUCAAUUUUCUCACAUUUAAUUUUUCAUUUGAAUAAACUAAUAGAAAAAUCAUUAAACUAAUAUUGAUCUUGCAUUUUUUUUAAUUUUAAAUAAAUACAAAAGAGCCGUGGGCGUUAAAUUCAAUCCAAAUUUAAUUCAAAAGAGUUUCAAGUGAGUCCUUUUGAAUAAGAAAAUUGAAAGAAUGACGGGCGUUUGCAAUAAAGCGUUAUGAUUAAUCUAUUCCAUUAAUUUUUAUUGUAAAAGACAGCUUAGAGUAAACCCAGAAAUAGCCGAUUGAGGAAAAAUUGAGGAGGUCAGGACACAGGAGAAGGUUAAUCAAUUAAUUUAUCUUGAGGUUAAUGUGGCAUAAUAAGGUUUUCCUUGUGGUUAGAAUUAAUUAAACUUUAAUUUUUCUAUUCAAAAUAUGGUCAGGCAAAGAUAAGAAAAAUCAUUUUUCCUCACCAAUUGAAGGAAAAUAUCAUAUUUAUAUGGAGAUAUUGAUUUUAUAAAUUAAUGAUCACCAUUCUAUACAGUACUCAGUUUCAAUUAAGUCAUUCAUCAAUCCACAUAAGAAGCAAUGGACGGGCAUUAUCUAGAAUUUCGGGUUUUCACCUUGAUUAUUUUUACACAUAGCAUUAUUUUUUCUGCCAAUUGCAAAGAAACUUAUCAACUGCGAUCUACUGUGAAACUUGUGUGCAAUGGUCAAGGCAAUCUCACUUGGGAAACAGAAACUCACCUCCCAAAUUUAGGCGACUUAAAGGACUACAUUGAUACUUGCAACAAUAAAAAUCGAAUCAAAAUUAAAACGACACCUGGAAAAAGCAUUUUCAAAAUUAAAAAUAGUCGUCUUGAAGACUCUGGCAUAUACAGAUGUUUCAGUGAUGGUAUUUUAAUUGAAUCGUUUGAAGUGUUCAUUAAAGAAGUAAAAUCCGACCUACUGCUUGAACAAUACUGUUUGAAGAACUCGUGCAUUCUUGAGGUUGAAGAAGGAAAAGGUUUUGAUAUACCUUGCCAUUUGACACAUCCCAACGCAUCUUUGUUCUUACAACGCCCUAACAGACCGUUCAAUCUCGUGAGCAAUCUCAAGAAUAAAUUGACCAUUCGAAGGGCAGUAAAGGAAAUUCAUUCAGGAUAUUGGUUGUGCGAGGCAAGGUAUGAAGAAAGUCCCAACUUGCUUCUUCAAGAUGGAAUUGCGAUCCUGGUCAAUGUUAUACCUGCCAACUCUUCCCCGAAUAAUGUUAGAAAAGAAUUAAUUGUGGUGGAGAAAGGCAAUGAUAUCUCAUUUGGAUGCUCAAAUUUUUUCAAAGCAGUGGAAAUUAAAAAAUGCUCGUUUAAUAUUCUUGUCAACGGUACAUCAGUUACAGAGGCAUGGGAUAAAAACAACUAUAGGAAUAAAUUAGUAGCAUCAGAAUCAUACAUUGAGAAUGCCUUAAGGAACUAUGUGAUAAAAGAGGUGAAAUUUACAAUGAACAACGUUGCUGCUGCUGUCAGUGGCAAUUAUUACUGUGGGUGCGAGAAGGGACCAAUCAAAGAAAUCCAGGUACAAAUUAACCCUUGAAUUAACCCCUGAUAUAUCCAAGGAAACUAGAAAUGGUAAAAUUUUGUUUUUAAAACAAAUAAAGUGUUUGUUUGUCAUAUAAAAUAUAACAUCCCUUUAUCUAUUAUCUAUAGGUGAUAAUGUUUUUUUCUGGUUGCAAUAGAAUAUUAUAAGUGAGUUAAAGUAACUCAUCAUCAAAAAUUUUUGUUCAAAAGACGCAUUCCUUUUUUUAUGAAAUUAAUAAAUUGUA